CUCUCUCUCUCUCUCUCUCUCUCUCUCUCUCUCUCUCUCUCUCUCUCUCUCACCUUCAAUAUCAACACAGAAGCAGAAAGAGGAAGCAUCAACAAGGAAGAAGAGAGACUCAAAUGGAAGUUUGCCUGAAAAUGACCAACAUGCUCGGAGAAGAGCGUGGGGGUUAUAGUUUGAAUCUCAAAGAGACUGAGCUUUGUCUUGGAUUGCCCGGCGGGGGAGGAGAAGCCGAGACCAUGAAGAUCACUGGAAAGAGAGGAUUCUCAGAGACUGUUGAUCUGAAACUCAACCUUCAGUCCACUGAAUCAGCUAUGGAUCUGAAGGAGAAGAUGAAGAACCCAUCAAAGGAGAAAAACAAACUUCCUUGCACCAAAGAUCCAGUGAAGCCACCUGCCAAGGCACAGGUGGUAGGUUGGCCACCAGUGAGAUCAUUUCGAAAGAACAUGAUGAAUCAGAAGAGUAACACCGAAGAGGCUGAGAAACCUGGCAGCAGCGCAGCAUUUGUGAAGGUUUGCAUGGAUGGAGCUCCUUACCUUCGUAAGGUAGACUUGAAAAUGUACAAAAGCUACCAAGAACUGUCUGAUGCCUUGGCCAAGAUGUUCAGUUCCUUCACCAUGGGUAAUUAUGGGAACCAAGGAAUGAUUGAUUUCAUGAAUGAGAGAAAGUUGAUGGAUCUCUUGAACAGUUCAGAGUAUGUGCCCUCCUAUGAAGAUAAGGAUGGUGAUUGGAUGCUCGUCGGGGACGUACCAUGGGAGAUGUUUGUCGAUUCGUGCAAGCGCCUGCGUAUAAUGAAAGGAUCAGAAGCAAUUGGACUUGCCCCAAGAGCCAUGGAGAAAUGCAAGAACAGAUGCUGAAAUGCACCCAGUGUGAUCUGCUGUGCCAAGUUUAGCAUUCACACAAACAUUAAAAGAUGAAGAACUUGUGCAAGAUAUGGAUCAAGCAGGGUGUUGUGUGGAUGUGUCUAUAAUUUUAUCUCACAGUAUAUAGAUGUGUCAUAGAUCUGGUCAUUUGUAAUGGAAAAGAAGCAAUAAACCUACAUACCUAUUUUGUGGCUUGUUUAAUUUUCUGGGUAAAUUUGUCUGAUUUGUUUAUUACUAUAAUGGCUGGUUUAGUACUGUUUUUGUUUUUGUUAUUGCUGUCAAGUUGUUGUGUGUUGUUAUUCAUUCAAUUCAAAGGCUACUUUCUUUUUGGCC